AUGGCUGUGGGGAACCAGACAGUGACUAUGUUUGUCCUACAGAGCUUCACCCAGGACCCCUGGCUUGAGGUGGCCCUCUUCUGCCUCUUCUUCACCCUGUUCACAGUGGCCUUGGGGGGAAAUAGCCUGAUCAUUGCAGCCAUUUGCUGCAGCUCCAGUCUGCACAUUCCCAUGUACUUCUUCUUAGUCAACCUUGCUGUGCUGGACAUGGUCUGCACCUCGUCCAUCCUGCCCAAGGUACUGCAGAGCCUGAUUGCAGACAGCACCAUCUCCUUCAGAGGCUGCCUCAGCCAGAUGUUCUUCUUCACCUGGUCACUGAGCUCUGAGCUGCUACUCUUCACUGCCAUGGCCUAUGACCGUUACCUGGCCAUCUGUCGGCCGCUGCACUAUGGCGCACUCAUGAGUGGCAGGGCCUGUGUGGUCCUGGCAGCCUUUGUGUGGGUCACUGGUGUGUUCAACGCCUCCCUGCUGACCGGCCUGGUCCUGCGGCUGAAAUUCUGUGGCCCCAACGUCAUUGCACACUUCUUCUGCGAGAUCCCACCUGUGCUGCUCCUGUCCUGUAGCCCGACCUUCCUUAAUGAUGUCAUGACCAUCACUGCAGACAUGUUCCUGUCAGGCCUGAACUUCACGUUGACCAUGGUGUCCUACAGUUGCAUCAUUGCCAGCAUCCUGAGCAUCCGCUCAGCCAAGGGCAAGCGCCGUGCCUUCUCUACCUGCUCCUCCCACCUCAUUGUGGUCACCUUGUACUACUCCACUGUGCUCUACACCUAUGUCUUGCCAGCCCUUGGCUCCACUGGGCUCCUGGACAAGGCUGUUGCUGUCCUAUACACCACUGUGACACCCACGUUGAACCCCCUUAUCUACACCCUGAGAAACAAGGAGUUUAAAGCAGCCCUUAAGAAACUCUUCCCUUGUUCCCCUAAAUGA